AUGGGCAUCAACAAGAAAACAAAGUUGAAGUCCCUCUCACAAGGUCGACCGCCAACGAUCAAGAAACCAGCUCAACGUCUAUCAAGCAAAGCAACUCGGGAAAUAAUCCGUAAUCAUCAUACAUUGGAGAAACGAAAGGCUAAAGCUUUAACAAAAGGAGAUGAAGUCACAGCAGUGGCACUUACACGUGAGAUUGCUUCACAAGGUGGGUUAGAAAGCUAUCAACGUGCAAGUUUGAUCGGCCAGGGCAAUGAUAGAGGUGGCGAUAGCAGCAAAAUCUUGAUGGAUUGGCUAGCGCCUCUAUGUAAAGACCUUAAAGACUUAGCUGGAAAAGGCUCACCAGUCCGCAUGUUGGAAGUUGGAGCACUGAGCACUACAAACGCCUGCUCGAGAAGCCAUACCUUUCAUGUGGAAAGAAUUGAUCUAAAUAGUCAGUCGGAGGGAAUCACACAACAAGAUUUCAUGGAACGACCGCUACCGAAAGAUGAAACGGAGAAAUUCAAUAUCAUCAGUCUUUCUCUUGUCUUGAACUAUGUUCCAGAUGGUGUAGGCAAAGGCAAUAUGUUACUUCGAACUCGCAAAUUCCUAGACACAAUCUGUCCGGCUGGUGAAGGAUUUAGCGAAUGGUUACCGGCAUUGUUCUUGGUCCUACCAUCGCCUUGUGUGAACAACUCACGUUAUAUGGAUGAAGCUAGGUUGGAGGCAAUUAUGGAGAGCUUGGGGUAUGUUUUGGUGAAGAAGAAGCUUUCGAACAAGCUGGUAUACUACCUCUGGCGUUUGCAGUCGCCAACGAUGAAACCACGACACUGGAAGAAGGAAGAGAUACGAGCUGGUGGCAGUCGCAACAACUUUGCAAUUGUGCUUAAAAAUUGA